AUGGCGACUUUUAAAGAAACUCGCGAAAUUUUGCUGGCCAGCUAUGCCUCUAAUAUCAUUACGAUUGAAGAAUAUACUUUUCUUUUCGAAGAAAACAGUUCAAACAACUUGGAUUUUCCGCACUAUAACUACCCGCCGUUUAACUUAGAGAGCCAAAGUGAAGCCGAGUGUAGGGCAAACUUAAGAGGUGGAAAAGCACCACAUUCCUCUGGUAGAAGAUGCUCUUCAAAUUCCGCAAUACUUCGUAUGCGACCAGGGAACUGUUUGCGAAGGAACAGAAGGGCUUUGCAUGCUUCUGAAGCGAUAUUCCUUUCCUUGUCGAUACUCAGACAUGAUACCUAUUUUCGGAAGGCCAGUACCAGAACUUUGCAUGAUAUGCAACACCGUAACCGGUUUGGUGUUUGA